AUGGCGGAGGAUAAGAAAGUGGCUAAACUCCGCCAAAAAGUUCAGCGUUAUAUUACACUUAUCGAAACGAAUGACCCAGUAAGUACUUUGCACGGUUGUUUGCUGUUUCUUAGUGUUUAGGAAAUUCCUGAAGUCAUAAACUGACGUCUGGUACGAAGAAAGCCAGAUUUUUCGUCGAUUUUGAUUAAGGACUAGAGGUUUUUAUUUUCUUCUUCAGCUUCAUGUCGAGCAUGCGAUUGAUCGGCUGGAAUCCGUCGACAUGACGGUUGAUUGCCUCCAAACUACGGGAGUAGGAAGAGUGUUGAAUCAGCUUCGAGAUCAUGAGAAAUUCGGCGCGCGAGCUGCCGCCUUGGUCGAUCGUUGGAGAGCCAUGGCUUCAGAAGCUGCACGCCUCCUCAGACAGCUUAGUCCCAGUGUCCUUCAAGAAGAGGACGAAAGAAAAAAGAAGGAGAAGAAGGCAAAGAAAAGAGCUGUAGAUCCAUUCGAAGCUCAGCUGAUGGCUGCGGAUCUGGAUUUUGAGGUGAGUUAAUUUAUUCAUCGUGGUGAAUAUAAUUUUGUCUUUAAUGUUUAGGUAUUUUGCUGAUUUCGGCAUCAAAUCCCUUUCUAAUGAGGUUUAUGUCAUUUUAGCCGAAGAAAAAGGCUAAAACAUCAGAGAAAAGGUCGGGAAUUGCUGCUCCAGAUGCCGAAGAUAUUGUGUCAGCUGUGGUUCACACUACUGGUCCCAUGGAAUAUUGUGCCGCUCCCUCGUUGGCUGUGAGACCUGCCCCAAGCAAGAGCACUGCCCAAGUUGAGAUGAUAAGUAAGUUUUAUUUGAGAUUUAUCCAUCAUGGAGAAUAUAAUUUUUUGUCUAUUUUUUGAAAAUCUAGUUUGAGGAUUUGACAUUGCUACAAGGAAGGAUCAAUUUCAUUUUUUCAGGUGAUUCCAUGUUCGAUCCGACAGUGUUCAAGCGAAAGGAGAGGACUAAAGUUUAUGCGGGAAGAAGAAAAAACAAUUUCGAAUCAAACGAAGUGCCAUCUCUGCUCUUGGUUUGUCAGCGAUACCUCAUGAACAAUUUGGAUAGUAUCGAGGAGCUGGGUGACGUUCCAUACAGGCUUCUGAAGCCAGUUUUGGAUAGAUGCACCACGGAUCAAUUGGACAGAAUCUCGGCCAGGAAUCCGCAAUUAUGGAGCGAUUUGGACGAGCAAUGGGAAAACAUUGUCCAGAAAACCUUUAGAAAUGAGGCGCAGAGGAAGAAAAAGGAGACUUGGUAUCAGUGCUUCACGGUAAGGAAUUUUGGACAGUUUUAUUACCUAAAAUUUUUCAAAGUUUAGAUAAUUUUGGGAUUUUAUGUAAAAAUUUUUUUGCAGUUUGAGUUUGUUUUGGACUUGUUUGUCUUGAGAGGAAGACUUGACACUUUUUUGCCGGAAGAAAUUUCUCUGAGCCACAGGCUACAACUACAAAUUCCUGAUUUGAAAACCGAAAGUAAACUGUUUUCAGCGGCUGAACAAGGAACGAGAAGCCCGUUUGCAUCGAAUAUCCGAAGGAAUCAAGCAGAAAUCUACUCAAAUCAUGAAAUCAGAAAAACGAACGGCCAUGGUGGAUGUAAUUAAUCCCUCGUUUGCCAGAAAACGCCAGAUCCGCUCUGGAAUCGCCCCAUCCAACGCUGUCGGCAUCCCCGAUGCCCUGGAGGUCUCGAAAGCCCGGCGACAAGUAUUCACGGGCAACAAAAGCGCCAUCAACGCUCUUCCAUCGGCUCUGAAAGGGGGAAAAGCAACAACUUCAUACCAAUCAAGGACACAGAAAGUCCAACCGAGGGGCGCAUUGAUGCAGAAAACACUCAAAAUGCUGAAGGGGAGAAGGUGA